GACAGACAGACAGACAGACAGACAAACCGUGGACAGACUGUCUGCUGCUCUCUUAUCACCCUUAAGCUGCGAUCGCCCACCCGUUGCAAUAGGACUCGACAAUUUUCUUUUUUACCACGCCACUUCUCAUCAAACGAUUCUCCUGCACAUCCAGGCCUCUAAACGCGCCCAAACGCUCUUAUUCCAAAAGUUCCCGUUACCGCCAUUAUUACCCCUGUGACGUGAUCUUCCCCUCCAGCGAUCUUCUCUUUCUCGCCCAACUGCCGAUUCCAACGAUUGCCACUUAUCAUGGCUGAUGAAAACGCCCCGGCCGAGGAUAUGUCUAUUACCUUCACCAUCAAGUCCUCCAACGAUGCCAAAUACACACUUACCCUUCCUCUGUCAACGACAGUGCUGGACUUGAAGGAGAAGCUCGCGACCGCGGAGUAUGCCGAUACCCCCGCAGAACGUCAGCGCCUGAUCUACUCCGGCCGAGUGUUGAAGGACAACGAGACGUUGGCCACCUACAAGAUCAAGGACGGACACACAAUCCAUCUAGUGAAAAGCGCUGCUAGUAAUCAACGUUCUGGCGCUUCCACCCAGAGUGCCGCGACAUCGGCGCCCACUGGUGCUGCCGCGAAUCCCGCCGCCACCGGUGUUCCCACGAACCUUGCAACCGGUACGGGCAACAACCCUCUUGCCGGAUUGACGGGAGCUAGAUAUGCUGGAUUUGCGCAACUUCCUGGUGCUGGAAUGUUCGGACCAGAUGGUGGAAUGGGUCCCCCUCCGGAUACGGAGACGAUGCUGAACAUGCUCGAAAACCCUCAAUUCCAGUCCACUAUCAACGAAGCCUUGCAGAACCCCGCGAUGAUUGACAUGCUAAUCCAACAGAACCCUAUGUUGCGCGACAUGGGUCCCGGGGUCCGACAGAUAUUCCAGAGUCCUGAGUUCCGUCGUAUGCUGACGGACCCCAGCUCGAUACGCCAGAUGCUUCAGAUGGAGAGAGCUGCAGGCGGCGGUCGGGGUGGCAGUGCUUUCCCUGCCCCUGGCGUCACCAACACAACCCCUGAGGAGAACCGUAACACUCAGAACGACAAUGGUAGCACACCCACUCCUAGCGCUCCGUUCAACCCGUUCAUGCCUGCUGGUCUUGGUGCCGGCAAUCCCUUCGCUGCUCUCUUUGGAGGAAACCCUGCUUUCGGAGGAGCUCCGUCCCCCGCAGCCGGCGGUGCUCAGGCUGGCUCCACGGAAAGAGCGGCCGACGGCGCCAGCGGUGAUAACAACAAUACUACCACUCCAGGCUCAGAUCAGCAGCAAGCGCCCCAGAACCCAUUCAGUCUCUUUAUGAACCCUGCUCUUUUUGGAGGCCAGGGUGGGCAGGGUGGGCAGGGUGGUCUGAACCCCCUUGACCCGCAACAAAACCCUUUCCUCCGCGAUCCGGCGAUGCUUCAGCAGAUGAUGCAAGCCAUGGGCGGUGCACCCGGAGGAAUCGGCGCAGCUGGCAGUAACCCUUUCGCAGCGCUCUUCGGGGAGGGGUUCGGAACUCCUGCUCCUCAGGACAACCGUCCCCCAGAGGAACGCUAUGCUGAGCAGCUCCGUCAACUGAACGAUAUGGGCUUCUACGAGUUUGAACGGAAUAUUGCGGCUCUGCGUCGAUCGGGUGGCAGUGUACAGGGUGCCGUGGAAUACCUGCUAAGCAACCCCUGAGCCCCACGUCCUUCCUCCUAGUGACCAUUAUACAUCCUUCGAAUUUUCCUAUUCCUCUUCACAUUUACUUCUUCAGGAUGCAUUGCCUGCACAUGUUUGAACGUGGUAUGACAGUUUGAUAUUGGCGGAUUGGCGGUUCUUUUAAUUUUUUAUUACCCUUUCUGCAUGCUCUUUCGAUGGGGGUGAGGUUGAAAUGGCUUGGGCAGCCUUUGUGUAUUAGCUAUCUCACGGCCUUGUCUGAAAGGGCCUGGUGGUUUGAGCCGUUUCAUCAAUGAAAAUGAUAUUUCUCGCAACAGAAAUCAUGUUACGCAGUUCACUCACUAUUCC